AUGGAACUCAUUCAAAACUACUCAUCGGACUCUGACAGCCAGGAAGAAGACUGCGGGAUUAAACAAUCAGAGAGUACACCAACAAACAAUCAUUUACCGGCAGCUCAUUCACCAACUGCACCAGCGCCUCCACCACCCAUACUAAUAUUUCUGCAACAAUACCAAAACAUGCACUCGGCCGCCAAAGUUGCUGCCUUAUUCACAUAUAUACCGUGGACGCCGUCGGUUAUAGCCUUGGCGCAACUAGAAAAGGCAGUGAGCCAUGCUGUGUCACAAUUUCCGGAUUUGUCAAAUAACUACAAAUUCAUUGCACCAAACAAGGACCCCUUCCGCAUAGAAAAGCACCAUAUAACAAUCUUCCCCGCCUUGAACGUGAAAAAGGAAGUUGAAACACAAUUUAUUGACCAUAUGCGUGAGAGAAUCGCAGAGUUAGUCCCACCCGCCAGCUUAAUUGCUAAGCCAAGCGGGUGUGAUCAACACUCACCCCUUUCCAAAAUCCUCUACAACUCAAAGCCGUCAAUUCGUCUAAAUUUGGAAAAUAGAAUCAUCAUAGGUCGAAGCCCAUUAAAAGAGUCAUUAUUUUGCAUACUAAAUAUAAAACAAAGCCCAGAAACUUCCAAGUACUUAGCUGACUUGGUUGAGAGUUGCAAGGAAUCAGCAAGGGACUUUAACGCUCAAUUGCAAUUUCCCGAACUAUUGGAUGAUGCCAUGCAUGUAUCAAUAGCCACGGGAUACAAUACUCGAAGAAGCCUAACUAUUGACGAAAUUGACAAAAUCAAUCAGCAAUUACGCACAAUCGACGUAAGCCCCUUCACAAAAGACAUUCAAAUCGCUGUAAAUGAGUUGACGAUACAGAAUGCGUUUGAGAAAAAAUCAACCUCAAUUGCUCUUGUAUAG